GCAAUUUUGUCGCUUUGAUUGUCUGAAAAUUUAUAGCAGAGUUCAGAACUUGUGUUUCGGACAUUGAUUCGAUUCGUGUCUCUCGUUUCAUCGUUUUCUCAUCUUUUUUAUGCGUAUCGAUUCCUAGAUUUCUGGCGUUAUAUUUCUAGGUCACGGUUUGCUUCGUAAUGGUUUGAUUUGGAUCUUGUACAUCAUUUCUUUAAUCUGAUUAUCACUGUUUUUGCGCAUUUGUUUCGAGUGAGUUCAUGUCCUGAUGGUGAUAAUCGGACAAGUUGUGUAUGAAAAUUGAUUCGAUUACCGUUUUCUCUUUCACCAGAUCUGAUUGUUGUUCGGAUCUUCGCCUAGAUCUCCUGGAGCUCAACCCUUUUCUCCCAUUUUAGCUUUUGAAAUAUUUGAUCGUAGCUUAACUUAAUUGCCAUGGGAAAUGCUGCCAACAAGGAGGCAAAUGGAAGCGGAACUGAGAAUAAACCUACAGUUGUGUUUGUCCUGGGUGGUCCAGGCAGUGGAAAGGGUACCCAAUGUGCCAAUAUUGUCAAACAAUAUGGUUACACGCAUCUGAGUGCUGGAGACCUUCUUAGAGCUGAAAUCAGUUCAGGUUCUGAGAAUGGAAACAUGAUCCAGAACAUGAUUAAAGAGGGAAAGAUUGUGCCUUCUGAGGUUACAGUUAAGCUUCUUCAGAAAGCAAUGCAAGAGAGUGGAAAUGACAAAUUCCUUAUUGAUGGCUUCCCCCGUAAUGAGGAGAAUCGAGCAGCUUUUGAAAAUGUUACUAAGAUUGAGCCAAAGUUUGUCUUGUUUUUUGAUUGCCAUGAAGAAGAGAUGGAGAGGCGCCUAUUGAAUAGAAACCAGGGAAGAGAGGAUGACAACAUCGAGACUAUAAGGAAGCGAUUCAAGGUCUUCCUUGAAUCUAGCUUGCCAGUGGUGGAGUACUAUGAAGCUAAGGGGAAAGUUCGGAAGAUUGAAGCUGUGAAGCCUGUUGAAGAGGUGUUUGAGGCGGUGAAGGCCAUCUUUGAUCCUGAACGUGAGAAGGUCGCAGCCUAGGUGUCAUUGCAGCAAAACCAGACACAUCAAGGCAGAUUCCUCGAUCAGGUGAUGGUCUGAAUGCUUCUUAUAAAGAAUAUGGCUUGUUUGGUAUUAUAAAAACAUAACCAUAACUGCAAUUUUAGAUUAUUAUUAUACACAAUUUUCUCUGCCAUCUCCCUAAUUUGCUAGAGACUAUUCUUUUUCUUUUUGUUUCUUGUUCUUAAUUUUAUUUUUGGCAUGUAGUUCGGUUUGGUUACUGUAGUCUGGCAUCAGAGAACACACGAAAUAAAUCUAUAAUAGAACAAUAAUUCUUGUAAACUU